AUGGAUACCCCCAGAUACGACGCCAACUUUAUCCCAGGUACCAUUAACAUCUAUGCCUUUGAGACAGAUGAUGCAGAACCUCAAAAGGGCCACUCCGGUCUGGGAUUGAAAACCAGCGGCAAGAUCAUCUUGACGCCGCAGCCGUCGGACUCUCCCAACGACCCCUUGAACUGGGGGUUCUGGAAGAAGUACCGUAACUUACUCCUUCUCGCGUUUAUCACCGGCUUUACUGCCGCCACUUCUAACGAUGCCGGUGCUACCCAGGACUCGCUAAACGAAAUCUAUGGCAUCUCCUACGACGCUAUGAACACUGGGGCCGGUGUAUUGUUCGCGGCGAUUGGGUACGGCACUUGGGUCUUGGCCCCAGCGUCCGCCUUGUACGGCCGCCGUAUCACUUAUCUCGUUUGUACUUUGUUGGGAUUGGUCGGUGCCAUUUGGUUUGCUUGUGCCAAGCGAACCUCCGACACUAUUUGGUCCCAGUUGUUCGUUGGUGCCAGUGAGGCCUGUGCCGAAGCCCAGGUCCAGUUAUCGCUCAGUGACAUGUUUUUCUCUCACCAGUUGGGUGGGGUAUUGACCGUUUAUAUCAUGGCCACUUCUGUUGGUACCUUCCUUGGUCCUUUGGUGGCUGGUUUCAUUUCGGCUGAUAUGGGCUUCAGGUGGGUCGGUUGGUUCGGCGCGAUCAUCUCCGGUGGUCUUUUGAUUGUGCUUUUCUUCGGCUUGGAAGAAACUUCCUUCGAUAGAAGCUUGUACAUGAGAAGACUCGACGCCAGCAACUCUCUGUACUCCGAAAUCGCCUUGCCAAAGAUGGUGGAUGACAAGGGGGCUGGCAAGGAGAAGCUUGCGGAUCCUUCUGUUGAGGAAGAAUCCCUCUCCGGUUCCCUCGAUCAUAGAACGAACUCGCACAGAGAAAGCGCUGGUCCAAUCUACGGCACGGGCGCAGACGAGCCUGUCGUAUCCUACUGGAAAAGCAUCAGAAUCAUCACCCCUGCCACCAACUUGAAGGGCUAUGGGUUUAAGCAAUACAUGAAGCAGUUGAUGAUGAUUCCUCGCGUGUUCACGUUCCCUCCGGUUCUUCUUUCUGGAUUGUUGUGGGGGUUGCAGGAUUGCUUCUUGACCUUUUACUUGACCACGGAGGAAGAUACCUAUUACGAUGCUCCUUUUAAUUACACCGACAAGGCGGUCGCUAUCAUGAACGUUCCGACCUUAAUCGGUGCCGUUAUUGGAUGUAUAUACGCCGGUUCCUUGAGUGACAAGCAUGUUUUGUGGAUGGCCCGCAGGAACAAUGGUGUCCAGGAAGCCGAGUUCAGAUUGUGGUUUUUGAUCCUCCCAGCUUUAUUGUCUCCAUUGGGUUUGCUUAUGUUUGGGAUUGGGACGGGGAAUGGUAUGAGCUGGCCAUUCACCUACAUGGGGUUGGUUUUUAUUGGCGUCGGCUGGGGCUGUAUCGGUGACAUCUCCAUGAGUUACUUGAUGGACGCUUACCCGGAAAUGGUGUUGGAAGGGAUGGUUGGUGUGUCUGUCAUUAACAACUCGAUUGCCUGUAUCUUUACCUUUGUCUGCUCUCCUAUGAUGGAUGCCUUGGGCACCAGCAACACUUAUAUUGUCCUUGCUUGCAUGGACCUCUUUGCUAUUUUGCUUGCGGUUCCAAUGUACUUGUAUGGCAAGAAGUGCAGAGCUUGGACCAGAGACCUGUAUAUCAGGUUCCUUGACGUACGUGAUGGUAUUUAAAACUAUUUGUAUUUUACGUUGAGUUAGAUGUGUUUAUUUUUGCUAAAAGUUUAUUUAAGAAUUCAUGGUUGAAUCUACGAGCG